AGGCCUUCUGCAUCGAGUUCAGCCGCAUCAGAGAAGCUGCCGGACUGUUCAGGCUGCUGAAGACCCUCGACACCGGAGAGACCCCCGAGAACAAGCCCGUCAAAUAGUGAUCGCACAGAGACUGUUCCUGAGACUCAGCACCGCCCCUCCAUCAGCUGGGAGUAGAGUUCAUUUUGUAAAUAUUUAGUGACUUUAAACCGGUUCUCUCUCUUUUCCAGAAGUGUAAAACAGGACUCGAUUCACGUCUCUUUUUUUUACCAGAUCUCUUUUUCUUUGGAAAUCUCGCCAUGUUGUCUCUGAUUAAAGAUGUUUCACUGACUCCUGCCUGUGCUCUCUUUAUUACAUCACGUGGUUCCACUUCCUGUUUGUAACUGCAUGAGACAUGUUUAUCUGUAGUCAUCCACUGGACCCUCGGAGGGGAAAGACCACUAAACUACAAACAUGGCGGCUCGUUUAGAAACUUUUGUAAUCUUAAAAAUACAGAAAGUUUAAAACAGGACUCGAUUCACCGUCUCUCUUUUUUACACAUCUCUUUUUCUGAUUAAACAGAUGUUUCACUGA